CACUCACUCUGCAACUUCGAGAUCAAUUUAAAGCUUUUGUUUUCUGGUUAUUGGCUCGACGAUAAUAAUGGCGGCAACAUCACCUCUGUACAAUCAGCUUAAGGCUGCUGAACCAUUCUUCUUGUUGGCUGGCCCAAAUGUGAUCGAAUCCGAGGAACAUAUUCUUCGAAUGGCAAAGCACAUAAAAGACAUUGCCACAAAAAUUGGGUUACCCCUGGUUUUCAAGUCAAGUUUUGAUAAAGCUAACAGAACCUCUUCAAAGUCGUUCCGAGGCCCUGGCAUGGCUGAGGGUCUGAAGAUUCUUGAGAAAGUGAAAGUAGCAUAUGACCUACCCAUAGUAACCGAUGUUCACGAAUCGAUCCAGUGCGAAGCAGUUGGCAAGGUUGCAGAUAUAAUUCAGAUACCAGCAUUCUUAUGUCGCCAGACAGAUCUUCUCGUCGCGGCAGCCCAAACCGGAAAAAUUAUCAAUAUUAAAAAAGGACAAUUCUGUGCUCCUUCUGUCAUGGAAAAUUCGGCCGAGAAGGUUAAACUGGCUGGAAAUCCAAAUGUGAUGGUUUGUGAAAGAGGAACCAUGUUUGGAUACAAUGAUUUGAUAGUAGAUCCACGAAACUUUGAAUGGAUGAGGGAAGCUAAUUGCCCUGUUGUCGCUGAUAUAACCCAUGCACUACAACAACCUGCAGGCAAGAAGUUGGAGGGUGGUGGUGUUGCUAGUGGAGGCCUUCGUGAGUUAAUACCAUGCAUUGCAAGAACAGCUGUAGCAGUUGGCGUUGAUGGAAUAUUCAUGGAGGUUCAUGAUGAUCCUCUAAGUGCUCCAGUUGAUGGUCCAACUCAAUGGCCUUUGCGUCAUCUAGAAGAACUCCUAGAGGAGCUCAUCGCGAUCGCUAGGGUCACAAAAGGGAAGCAGCGUUUCCAGAUCGAUCUCACACCGUACCGCGAAUAGGAACAAAAGUGUAGUAAUCCCGAGGUGAGUGACCCAAAUGGGCAUUAUAUGAUAUGACUCUUCUCAUCAUUUUUAGAAUCCCCACACAAAAAAGUUUAUAAUCUUGGAGACUAUGUGAACUUUGACAAGACAACCGUGAUAAUGAAUCAUCUGCCAUCAACGUUCUUGUAUUUACGGAGUUGGCUUUUGAAUAACUUACAGACUUGGCUUGUCUUGUAUUUUUCAUUCUAUACUUUUUAUUUUUAUU